AUGUCUCAUGGCGAUUUCAUCUUCAACAGGUCUUCAUUAACGAAGAGGAUGAUUCGACACUUACUUGAUUCUACUCGAAACGUCAAUAAAAGCAGCGGGACAUUUAAUGACGAAGAAGAAAAUCCCACAAAAACAGCACAAGUACCAAGAGUGCUCUUCGUCGUAGUGAUCAUCCUUAUUAUUUUGUUGUUCAUUUUCAUCGCACUAAGAAUAUAUAUGUAUAUGAAACGAAAUCAGAGGCGAAGAAUUCUAGAAGAAACGAGGAGAAAAAUGGGUGAAGCUAUAAUCACUGCUGGAAGUGUAACCCAAGCAACACUAACUACAAGCAAGGCGAACUCAACACAGCAAAAGAGUGGUUGUCCAGAAAGCAAUGAAUUAAAGCAGUUCACACGUAAAGGUCCACUAGUAAUGCAAGCAAUAUUAAGCGGAGAAGUCAAACAUGCAUUGGACAAUUCUCAAUCUAAAAGUAUUCGCGAACCAUUACAAUUCGAUCCCUCUCAUAACGAAAUCGUUUACAUUGGAACGGAUGUAGAUCGUAUAAUCGGGAAAUCCGUGCAAGGAUCAAACGAAUUGGUUGAGGAGUCAACGACAAGCAAGGAUAGAGUUAAAAGCUCCGAGAAAGUCAAAGUGCACGGUCUUCGUUGUUCCAGAGAGUGUGUCACACAGUCUGAGCUACAUCGUUCUGAAAUGCCUUUGCGGCUGGAAAAAACCGCACAGUCGCUUUCGGGAGAAUGGGCAGAGCCACCUCGUCAAAGUAAUAAUAGCUACAUUCACACGGCGAAGACGAAUCCAAGAUUUAGUGGAGAAAAAGUCCAUCUUCCGAGUAGCAAGGAAGAUCAAUUCCGGACAAAUAAGACGCAAAAGUUAAGACACAAUUCGAACUUGACUAAACCGAAGCCAUCCGCACCUGUGGUAGGCAAUCAUCGAAAAUCAUCUCUCGCCAGUAAUAAUAGAGCACAGGAAUCACGUGUUGCGCAAGGAGAGAAAGGAAAGGCGAUCUCUUCUGUAAAUCUGCUAGCACGUACUCCACCCUCAGAAAGAGAAUUGAAAGUUGGCAGCGUAAAUAUGUCGAAAGAAAAAGGGUAUCUCGAAAAAACAACUAAGGAGAAGACAGAAAUCACAUCAAAAAAGUCGAAAAAGGAUGCGUUUAGAACUCCGUCUCUUCAUGCUACACAGGAUGAAGAUGAAACAUCAACCAUACGUAGACCACUUACCGACGAAUUGAAACCUUCACCAGUAUUUUCGGAACUUAGUUCUGGAACACAAAACGAACGCCAUGACAAUGGAGGUGUAGAUGAACUAGAGUGA